UCAAAUUUACAAUGUAAUUUGUAUGAAGAUGAAUAAGCCAUUGACAACAUUGCCAAAAUCUCAAGCAAUCAUGGACACUCCUUCAUAUUACCCUCUCUCACUCCUCCUACUCCUCUCCCUUCCGCCUCUUCUCACAUUCUUCCUCCUCCGCCGCCGCCACUCCUCCUCCUACCGCCAGCCUCCAGGACCACCAGGAUGGCCAAUUUUCGGCAACUUAUUCCAGCUCGGAGACAUGCCACACCGCACCCUCGCAAACCUAAGCCAUACCUACGGCCCCGUUGUGCGCCUCCAGCUGGGAGCCAUCAACACCGUCGCCAUCCUCAGCGCCAAAACCGCCACUGAGUUCUUCAAGUCCCACGACCACAACUUCGCCGACAGGACAAUCAUUCAAACCAUGCGAGUCCACAACUACGACAAGUCCUCUUUAGCCCUUGCCCCUUACGGCCCUUACUGGCGCCUCAUGCGCCGCCUCGUCACGGUGGACAUGCUCGUCGCGAAACGCAUCAACGAUACCGCUCCCGUCCGGCGCAGGUGCGUCAACGACAUGGUUUCCUGGGUAGCAAAAGAAGCUAAAAAAGUCAAAGCCGGCGAAGGUGUCCACGUGGCAAGAUUCGUGUUCUUGAUGUCGUUCAAUCUGUUCGGGAACCUUAUGCUUUCCCAAGACAUGUUUGACCCGGAAUCGGAAACAGGUUCGGAUCUGUUUAAAGCAAUCAUGGGGCUUUUGGAGUGGACGGGGCACGCGAACGUGGCGGACGUGUUCCCGUGGCUUGUGUGGGUGGACCCGCAGGGGCUGCAGCGGAGGAUGAAGAGGGACAUGGGAAAGGCCAUUGAUAUUGCUUCCAAGUUCGUGAAGGAGCGGUUGCAGUUGCAGCAUAGUGAUGAUAUGGCUAGAAAGGAUUUCUUGGAUGUGCUGCUUCAAUUUCAGGGCGGUGGCGGUGAGGAGGCACGGAAUAUCUCCGACAAGGACCUCAACGUAUUCAUUUUGGAAAUAUUCAUGGCUGGAUCAGAAACUACAAGCAGCACGAUAGAGUGGGCACUCACAGAGCUUCUGUGCAACCGUAAUUGCUUAAUGAAGGUAAAAUCCGAGCUCAAUAGAGUGGUUGGAACCGCAAGGGAACUCGAAGAGAGUGACAUAGAAAAGCUCCCAUACCUUCAAGCUGUGGUGAAAGAAACACUUCGCUUGCACCCUCCCAUUCCGUUGCUUGUUCCUCGAAGGGCCAUUCAGGACACAAAGUUCAUGGGAUACUACAUACCAAAAGACACGCAGGUCUUCGUGAAUGCGUGGGCCAUUGGAAGGGACCCAGAUGUGUGGAAAGACCCUUUGACCUUCAAGCCUGAAAGGUUUAUUUUUUGUGAUGGUGGGUCAAAGGUAGAUUAUAAAGGUCAACACUAUGAGUUCAUUCCAUUUGGUGCUGGGAGGAGGAUGUGUGCGGGGGUCCCACUAGCCCACAGGGUCCUCCACUUGGUGUUGGGGUCAUUGCUACAUCGCUUUGAUUGGGAGCUUGAUAGCCAUGUCACGCCAUCAACCAUGGAUAUGAGGGACAAAUUGGGAAUUACAAUGAGGAAGCUUGAGCCCUUGCUUGCAGUGCCGAAGCUUGUUGCUCCAUCAUGAGUCUAAAGGUUAAUUCAUCAAGACCUCAGCUGCAUUUCAUAUCGGUUAAUCUAUUAUAUGUAUGUCUUGUCACUUUCUUUAGUGUUUUUGGGUAGUGAAAUAUUUACAUCUUCACCCUUUUAAUGUAUUAUGUACGUGGUUUGAUAUGUUGGUAUCUAUAUUAAAAAAGACACGUUAUGUGUUCAUCAUUUCAAUUCAUGCAAAAACACAUCAAAAUGGAGAAUUUAGAUGGAAUGAAAACUACUUGUAUGAAUUUUAUUGAAAGUAACUACAUAAAUUCUGUCUAUCUUUCAUUUA